GACAAAUUUGCCUCUCUCUCUCUCUGUUCUUUUAUUCUCCUUUCAAAAUCCAAAACGAUUCCUGACAACUUUGAGCGCUGUUGUUUGUACAGUUUAUCAGCUUAAUCCCUUGACCCUUGCUAAUUAGUUUGCGUCGGUUCAACUCCAAUUUUGAGCUGGAUUUUGUUUUGUUUUUACUUGUUCGCUUUCAGAUCUGAACAAGAGAGUUUAGUAAGUAAUCAGAUAAUCUCUUCUUUUGAGCACUAGUUUAGGCAUGAAAGUGGAGAAGUAAAGAAAAGGAGCAGGCCAUGGAAGGAAGAAGGAACAAAAAGAGAGAAGCCUCGAUUCCUGGUGUGGUUAUAGAAGAAGGAUACACAGAGAGAUUUUUUUGAAAUACAAAAUUCUCAUCUUUUCUCUUUUGACCCAUUUAUUAUUCAAAUCCUGCAACCAGAAAAGCUUCAUCCUUUGCUGUUUUCGAAACACCAGCACAGAGUGAUAGAGAGUGUUUUAAGCCUCUCCUUUUGUCGACAUUUAUCUUGGAAUCUCCCUUUCCUUUGUUCCUUUACUUCUCAUUCUGUGUUCAAAUUUGGGAUCUUUCCCUUUUUCUCCUCCCUUUUUGUACUGUAUUUGUAGUUGUUUCCACCUCGGCCUAAAAUCCAUUCUUGUUGCAGGGGAACUGCGGGAAAGAAGAAGCUGCAGAAAACAGCUCGUUUUUUCGGCUUCUCCAAAAAAAUUCCUCUCCAAUGGAAGUAGCUAAUAAGGCUAUCGUUCUGUUCUACGUGGUGGGCUUCAUUCUAUUGGGAGCAAACGCAGACCCAGUUGAAGAUAAGCAAGCUUUACUAGACUUCGUCGCCAAAUUCCACCACUCAAGAGCAUUGAACUGGAACCAGAGCUCUUCUCUCUGCACCGACUGGACAGGAAUCGCCUGCAACGAAGAUGGCUCUCGAGUGAUCUCCGUGAGACUUCCCGGCGUCGGUUUCCAAGGCCCCAUACCUCCGAACACUCUCAGCCGUCUCUCGGCGUUGCAGGUUUUGAGCCUUAGAUCCAAUGGGAUCACUGGGGAGUUCCCUUCUGAUCUCUACACUCUAAAGAACUUGUCUUUUCUCUACUUGCAAUACAACAGCUUAUCUGGGUCGUUGCCAGCUGAUUUCACUUUGUGGAGCAACCUCACCAUUGUGAAUUUCUCCAACAAUAGGUUUAAUGGCAGUAUCCCUAGCUCGCUGUCGCAAUUGACUCGACUCGCUACUUUGAAUCUCGAGAACAAUUCGCUCUCCGGUGAAAUCCCUGACCUUGGUUCACCAGCUCUGCAGCAGGUUAACUUGUCCUACAAUUAUCUGUCUGGUGCAAUCCCUAAUUCGCUCCGAAGGUUCCCAAUCUCAGUGUUUGCUGGUAACAGCAACGUUUCGACUGGAGGAGGUGGUUUCACUCCACAUUCAUCUCCAUUUUCUACAACACCACCAGAUUUGGUUCUUCCUGCUUCUAAACCGGGGAAGCGACUCAGCGAAGCAGCAUUGCUAGGGAUUGUAGUUGCUGUUGGUGUGUUGGUAUUGGUGGCUUUUGCUCUAAUGCUCAUUUUCUGUUGCUCGAGGAAGAAAGGAAGUGGUAAAUAUGAGUAUUCGAUUUCUACGAAGUUGCAGAAGGGUGGAAUGUCCCCUGAGAAGAUGGUGUCGAGGAGCCAGGAUGCGAGCAAUAAGUUGGCAUUCUUCGAUGGAUGUAACUAUGCAUUCGAUUUGGAAGACCUGUUGAGAGCUUCAGCUGAGGUUCUAGGGAAGGGCACGUUUGGGAUGGCUUAUAAGGCAAUAUUGGAGGAUGCUACAACAGUGGUGGUGAAGAGGUUGAAGGAAGUGAGUGCUGGGAAAAGAGAUUUCGAGCAGCAGAUGGAUAUCGUCGGUGGGAUUAGGCACGAGAAUGUGGUUGAGCUCAAGGCAUAUUUCUUCUCCAAGGAUGAGAAGCUCAUGGUGUGUGAUUAUUACUGCCGCGGAAGUGUCUCAGCUAUGCUUCAUGCCAAAAGAGGGCACGAGAGGGUGCCACUAGACUGGGAAACAAGAAUGCAGAUCGCCAUAGGUGCAGCACGAGGAAUCUCGCGUGUUCACCAAGCAAACGGAGGGAAAUUCGUCCAUGGCAACAUCAAGUCCUCCAACAUAUUCCUGAACCCCACCACGGGCUACGGAUGCAUCUCCGACGUUGGCUUAUCAGCGGUGAUGAGCUCACUGUCUGCACCGAUCUCACGAGCAGCUGGCUACCGUGCACCGGAGGUGACAGACACGAGGAAAGCAACUCAACCUUCUGAUGUCUACAGCUUCGGGGUGGUCCUGCUCGAGCUUCUGACAGGGAAGUCCCCGAUUCACACCACGGGUGGGGACGAGAUCAUGCAUUUGGUGAGGUGGGUUCACUCGGUGGUGCGAGAGGAGUGGACCGCCGAGGUGUUCGAUGUGGAGCUGCUGAGGUAUCCGAACAUCGAGGAAGAGAUGGUCGAGAUGCUGCAGAUCGCGAUGUCCUGCGUGGUGAGGGUUCCUGAUCAGAGGCCGAAGAUGGGCGAGGUUGUGAAGCUGGUGGAGGGCGUUCGAGGCAGGGAUACCGAGAACCGGGGAUCGACGGGAACUUCAACUCCACAGAUGGCUUCUACACCAGUACCGGCUCUUGCUGCAACUUCACCACCGGGAUCAUGAACAUGAUUGAUGUAUGAAGUCUGUUGUAGUCCAUUGUUCAUUGUCUUUUCGGUUUUGUUUUCACAAGUCUGUUGUAAGCCCUUGAUGAUUCUGAUUGAUUUAGUUGAGUGUUGAAUGAAUGCCUUGUUUGACACUUCCAUGUGAAUUUUGAUCAAUGUUGCUGUCAAAUUUGUCAUUUGCUCAUUAUGUUUUAGCACUGAUGGUUCUCAAAGUUUGGAUCUUUUGUUGAAAAGCACUAUUUUGAAACUGAAUCCUAAUACUCACCUGCUCUUGUCUGUCUUUUGGUGUCGGCUUCUUACUGUGCCUGGAAACAGAAUACCCGGUUU